CUUUUGGAGUUCAGAUACAGUGCACUAUAAAAGCUUGUGAACGGAACAGAUGCACUGGUAUUUUUCUACGGUACUCCUACUGUUAGCCCCUGGAUCGCUUGGGCAAGAAACACACUUCUUUUGAAAAAUAUUUAAACUAUGUAUAAGCUCGGGUUUGUAGUAUUUGCGCUGGUACUUUUUGGCAAAUGGGAUUCUGCCUACUGCUGGUUCCGAGUAAGAUCACACGUUUGUUUACCUACGUUCAGAUGGCAGAGCAGGGUAUUGGUGAUAGCGUCGCCAUCUAUGGGAGAUCAGGCCUACCAGCAGCAGUCAAGAGAAAUCAAAAGUAAUGUGUGCGAAAUGUCUCUCCGUGACAUGGCGGUGAUUGCAAUUUUCAAUGUCCGUGAUGUCGACCGAUCCAAAGUCACCUGGAUGGUGUACCAGCAGCAUUUCGGCGUGCCCCGGACACGGAAGUUAAAUCACAGAGAGGCACACAGAAUCGUAGACUGCUUAGGGCUGGAAAAAGAUCGAUUCAACAUGGUACUGGUUGGUGCCGAUGGUUAUAAAAAGCGCACAUACCGCUACCCAACCUCUAUGGCAACAAUAUUUAGAUUAAUUGAUACAAUGCCCAUGCGCAGAAGAGAAAUACAAGAACAGGCCAGAGACGGUAUAUACUGUUACUGAGAAAAACAUUUAAGAGAUAAAAAGAAAAUUGAAAAUCAUCCGAGAAGUCGUCAUUAGUACAAAGCGCAAGGUUCUUGAACAUGCGACUGAAAAAGACAUUUGUAGCGUGGAUGCUGGUAUGCUAAGAAAGGAAUGACAUUCUCAACAUAUCUGAUCAAUAUUCCAUUGUAAAUUUAAUACUCACUGCUUACAGUUGUACAAAGAUCGUUUGUUGCCUACUCGCAUACUUGUUAAAGUAAUACACGUAUACACAGAGUACAUAAAAUCGCCUUUGUAAUGAACUAUGUACAUAUCAGUGGAUUGUGAUGAAGACUAUUGCUGAUGCACAAUAAAGAACUCCUUAUAAUCGGGGAAUGUAUAGCAAGUACCGCUGUAUCAAAAGCUUAAAAUGAUUACUAACCAGUGAUUGGCACAUAAUAAAAUAAGAAAUGUAUUCAUA